AUGACGAACGUGCUCAAACGAAAGGCCAAUGCCCCCGCAGGAGGGAACGCAUCCAAUGGACAGGGAGCCAUAAAGAAGACCGGGAAUUCGAGUUUGAGCUCAUUCUUUGGAAAGGCGCGUACGCAGGAUUCAACACCCAAGGACUCUUUGGCCGUGGCACCCUCGUCUGUCACCUCGUCCUCGUCCACCUCCGCAUCGAAAACGUCGUCCGGUGUGCAGACAAAGGCAGGUGCCCCUAAACCGCCACGGAGGGUCAUCAUCUACAGCGACGAGGAGGAAGUGCCGGAGCCCCAGCGGAAACCAAUCAAGACUACAGUGUCUCUGAAGACAAUUGUCGCCAACCGGACCAAGGCUGUCGUCCCACCAACGAGGCCACCCGUGAAGGAGACUGUUCCCUUUGAGAAACGCAUGCCAAUCCCGAGCCAGCGCCAGUUGCGCGACCUGAACCAAGGACGGCCGAAACGGACACCCACAGGAAAGUCUCGCCAUUCCGUCUCUACUAUCGAAUCACUUGGACUCUCGCCACAAGACUCUGUCUUUUGGGCCAAGACACCUCCCUCCGAGGCAUUGAAGAAGCUAGAGCGCAUGAACACCGGUCGCUCUCAUGAAGAAGAGAUUGCGUCGAUCGUUGGAAGACUGUAUGAAACAUCCUCGGCUGGCACAGCCCUCCGCGCAAUGCCUCGUGGACCCAAGGAUCGCAUCAAGGAUAUGUUGAAUACAAUUCGCGGAUCGACAGCGCAAUCUGAUCAGGAACUUGAGGACGACAUGGACCGACCCGACCCGGCCUCACCGACAAAGGAUCUUGUUGAACGACACCGUCUCCAAUCUCGGCAGGGCUUCUCACGACACCACAGUGCGCACGAGCUAGGAGGAAGUGUCCGGAGGAGAGGGAGGACCGCUCCCCCUAUGGCGAAUUUUGGCGCUGUUAAUGCCCCUGUGUGGCCUGUAUCGCCUACUCAGCACCGCAACGAUGUCUUGAAGAUGAUUGAACAGAUCAACGCCAACAUGUCAGGAAAAGCAGAUUCUUUGAAGACACCUCCUCGUCUAGGAUUUUUAUCGAACGAAGCAACCUCCAGCAGUUCGAUGGCAAACCUAUCGGAGCGGCCCUCUGCUGCGGACACUAUGGUGCGGACGCCAAUACGGGACCGUAUUUCUCAUACGCAGCCUUCACCCGGAGACUUUGACAGGUUCUUCACCGACCUGGAGAUGGACGAUAACGACUUUGCGGAGCUUACCCAACUGGAUGAGUCGUCUACCUCUAUGUCAUCAGCCAGCGCCGUGUCUGCCAAUAUGUCAUAUAUUUCCAAUUCUUUAGGAUCUGUAUCGGACAAGGCGGUUUCCAAUGUUCGACAGGAAUUUGUGGACAUGGCUGUUGGCUCCGAUGUGGCGAAGGAUGAGCCUGGGCAUGGUGACGCAAGAGAUCGUUGUGGUACGGUGGCUACAGUUGCUGAUGAUAAAGACGAUCCAUUCACAGACGACUUUGAUGACCUGGGCGAUCUUGGCGAUCUGGAAGAUGUCUUUGAGCUGGAUGAUGACGAGGUCAAUGUCAAGCCCUAUAUCGAAACUGCCAAGUACAAGCGGUAUUCUGUUCAAGAUAUACAGGAUGAUGUCGUCGAUUCAAGGUGGCCUGGAUUGUGCAAGGUCCUCCUAGCACUGGAGCAUCAAGUCGGUGUGCCUGUCAAGAUUUUCCUCCGCGGGUUAUGGAGACCUACGGCGGUCUCUGUUGGUGACAUUAUCCAUGUCAUUGCGCCACAUGUGUACCCCAACGCAACUCAGGAGCUGAUGUUGGAGGAUGCACAAGGGCUGCUCAUUGUGAAACCAGACUACUUGGUGCCCACUUCUCUUUUGGCUGAGAGUUUCACCUGCAUUCGGAGACCCAUCGUGGAUACACGUGCCAGGAAGCCAGAUGAGUCGACAAUACCGCUAGUUCACGGCACCAUUCUCCAUGAGCUGUUUCAGCUCUCCCUCCGAAACAACGACUUUUCGACCGAAGGCAUGCAAGCAAGGAUUGAGGAUCUUAUCCAAGCACAUCUGAAUGAUCUCUGCCUUGUGAACGAAUCGCUAGAAACAGCUCGGGAGGCUUUUUCUCAAUGGAUCACAUCCUGUCAAGACUGGGCCAGGCGCUAUCUGCGGUCCACACCUUCUUACGAAGGAACAAUGGAGGAGAUGACGAAUCAAGGAAGCCAUGGAGGGACAAACUUGGUAUGCAUCGAUAAGCUACUGGAUAUCGAGGAGAACAUCUGGUCGCCCAUGUUUGGCUUGAAGGGCAAGAUCGACGCGAGUAUCCAAGUGGUUCUCAAGACAGUCAACAGCAACAAUGCGGUCUCUGAUGCCCCCGCACAGACUCUCGUUGUCCCAUUCGAGUUGAAAACCGGCAAGAAAUCCAACGUCCUCUCGCAUCGUGCCCAGACGAUGCUCUAUACCCUUUUAAUGACCGAUCGCUAUGACGUUGAUGUACAGUGGGGACUGUUGUUAUACCUCAAAACUGGCGAGUUCAUUCGAGUGCCGGCGCCUCGGGACGAGAUCAGGACGAUUUUGAUGCAAAGGAACGAUAUGGCGAUCCAUGAACAGGCCAAGUUGACACUGCCACCUAUGCUUCAGCGGAAGCAGUUUUGCGGUCGGUGCUUUUCGCAGUCGUCUUGCACUGUGCUUCACAAGCUACUGGAGGGCGGUACGACAGAGACUGCUGGUAUUGGACCUCUCUUUGAUGAAGUGACCGAUCAUCUGAACGACACACACGCGGCUUUCUUCAAGCAUUGGGAUCGACUUUUAUCCUUGGAACAAGGCGACGUAACAAAGUUUCAGAGCCAGAUCUGGUCCAUGCUCUCGGCUGAUCGACAGGCGACUGGAAACUGCUUCAGCAACCUUGUUCUCUUGGAAAACCGACCCAACAGCGCCAUCGAUCCAGUUGGUUCACGCGACGACCCUCCAGUGGUAUCUGAACGGUUCGCGAAAUAUCGGUAUCGGUUCAAAAUCGGGACGCCUUUUCUCUCGGUCAGUCAACAGUCGCUCUCCCAGACGCUUCGCGUAGGAAACUCUCUUUUGAGCUCCAAUAUAUCUGUCGGAGAUCCCAUUGUGUUGUCGUCAGAGGGCCAACACUACGCACUGGCGAUCGGUCAGGUUCUGGAUCUCUCGCUGAGCGAAGUAUCUGUGGGUUUGGACCGUCCAUUGCAGGGACCACCGAUAAGGCUGGACAAGUACGACAGUGAGCGGAACCAGUUGUACAGGGGUCUGAUUGAAUAUGAAGAACCAGCCUCGUCGUCGACUUCAUCGGCUCUGAGUCAUCAAGGAGACUAUCAUGAGGCAUUGUCCAAGGGCAAGAUCACCUUCAGGAUUGACAAGGACGAGAUGGCGGCUGGUCUAAAUCGAGCAAGGGGCAAUCUGGUGCAACUCUUCCGUGCGGACAGGGAUGGAGGAGACGCCAAGCGGAGACAUCUUGUGGUGGAACUGGAGCGACCCAAGUUCAUGCCAGUGAACGACUAUCACUGCGACAACUUGUCAUUGAACGACAACCAGAAGAAUGCGAUCGAAACAGUGUUGGCAGCCACGGACUAUGCUUUGAUUCUCGGAAUGCCAGGAACAGGAAAGACGACCACGAUUGCAGAGAUCAUUCAUACGUUGGUUAAGCGCGGCAAGACGGUGUUGCUGACCUCCUACACGCACUCAGCUGUCGACAAUGUCCUUCUGAAACUGGCGCCAGAGAUCAAAACUGUCCGACUCGGAAACAAGGACAAGGUUCACCGUGACAUCCAGAAGCUGGUUCCCGACUUUUCUGAGGCGCCUCUGAACACCGUUCAGGGUAUCCAUUUCUUUUACGAGCAGUGUCAAGUUGUUGGCACCACCUGUCUCGGCAUUGGCGAUCCACUGUUUACUGAGAAGCGCUUCGACUAUUGCAUUGUGGACGAGGCAUCGCAGAUUACACUGCCUGCCUGCAUUGGACCCAUUCGAUAUGCGGACGUGUUUGUUCUGGUUGGAGACCACAACCAGCUCCCGCCUCUGGUCAAGAAUGUCGAGGCAAAGAAGGAUGGAUUUGAUAUCAGUUUGUUUAAGAUACUGUCGGAUGCUCACCCGGAGGCAGUGGUCAGCUUGACAUACCAGUACCGUAUGAACAAGGAUGUGAUGCUCCUCUCCAACAUGCUCGUAUACGACAACAGGCUUAAAUGCGCCAACGAUGAAGUGGCGAACAAGGUCUUGGAGAUCCCAGACAUGGACAAGUUCAGGAAACACUGCCAUCUGGAGGUAUUUCAGGACCAGCAAGAGGAUCAGCAACAGCCACAGCCUGAUAAUUCGCAUCUGACGCACCCACAAUGUCUUGGUCACUCGACGGAUACCCCUUGCUGGCUAGAGCAGGCCCUGGAUCCACAACGGUCCGUCAUAUUUAUUGAUACGGAUCUUGUCCCGGCACAUGAGGUCCAGGUGGGCAACUCGACUCAGAACCCGACCGAGGCGCUAUUUAUCCAGCAAUUGACCGAGGCACUCAUCAGUGGUGGAGUCUCCGAGGAUGAUAUCGGUAUCAUCUCUGUCCUUCGCGCGCAGCUCAAGAUCUUGUCGCGGUUGCUGAGAUCGCGGCCACAGCUCGACAUUCAUACGGUGGAUCGAUACCAGGGCAAGGACAAGGAGUGCGUGAUUGUGUCGUUGGUGCGGUCGAAUGCUGAGCAGCAUGUGGGCGAGCUGUUGAAGGACUGGCGUCGCAUCAACGUGGCAUUUACGCGUGCAAAGAGAAAGCUGGUGGUCUUUGGGUCGAGACAUACUCUGCAGGGAUCGCCUAUCUUUGCACAGUUUCUCGAGUUGAUGGAGCAGCAGGACUGGAUUAUGUCGUUGACACCGAUGACACAGUAUCAGCAUGCCAACCUCUUGCACCGAAACCAGAUGUCAACCAUCACGAGCCCGAGGGGCAAGUCGCGUCGCGGUCGGCACCAACACCAGCACCUUGAGGAUGUGGAUGAAGAGAACAAGGAGAAUGUCGAUAUUUUAACUAGAGCAGGUAGCAUGACCGCUGCUAGUUCUGGUAUUGAUGGCAAUGUGGCAGCAUUGCCACAGUCACCAGUAUCUCCACAGCGCAAGGUGUUCCGAGCCAAGGCCAACGUUGCGCUCAAGGGCAUGCCCGUUACCCAGAACAUACUAGACAGCGUGUAG